AUGACUGUCUCUGCUCCGCCAGAUGAACAGCAGUGCGAUGAGGAAGGUUCCGAAAGCCUUGAGCUUCCGAGCUCCUUGGCGGGAAAGUGGGAAGAGGUUUUCUCGAGCCCGGAGGAAGAGGUAAAGUCAAGCGGCAAGAGCCGGAGCGCAUCGACCCCGCAGCAGAGAGCCGCCACGGGCAACGGGCUGAGACGCUCCGCUCGCCGCCGGAGAGACUUGGCCAAGAAGGACGCGCCCGAGGACGCGGCCGCGGUGGAGGGGCCGUACAUCUGCUGCGAGUGCGGGGAGAGCUUCCUGGACAAGCAGCUCUUCGCCGCCCACCAGAAAGCGCACGCCAGCGAGGAGGCCUGCACUUCCCUGGAGCACGGGGAAAGCUUCCGGCAGAAAUCCAAAACCUCGGCGAAAGCCCAAGGGCCCUCCCGCUCCAAACCGUCCAAGCGCCCCGACGGGGAGAAGAGCCCUGGUUUCAAGUACGGCUUCGUCAGGCACCAGGUGAACAACAUGGUGGAGAGGCCGUACACCUGCUCCCAGUGCAAGGAGAGCUUCAGCCUGGAAGUGAGCCUGAUCCUGCACCAGAAGCUCCAUACGGGGAAGGGCGACGGGCCGCUGACGUGCACCUACUGCGGGAAGGACUUCCGAGACCUUUCCAAAGCCAUCCGCCACCAGCGCAUCCACACCGGGGAGAGGCCGUACCAGUGCACCGAGUGCGGGAAGAGCUUCAUCCGGCGGGACCACCUGCUCAAGCACUGGCGGGUCCACACCGGGGAGACCCCCUACCAGUGUCCCGUCUGCGGGAAGCACUUCCGCUACAAAGAGUCUCUCAACUGCCACCAGAAAAUCCACUCCCGCAACCCCCGGCCCAUGGAGGAUUCGCAGCACAACCUGGAGUCGGCGACUCAAACCGGCCAUUUCUGCGUGAAAAAAGAAACUAAUCAGUAG